AUGUCUCGCGCGUCCAAAUUGACGCUGGCUGUCACCGGGCUGGGCACUGCCGGCAUAGUCUACUUUGUCCACUGGGCACAGGAGCAAGACAGGGCGGCCAUGCAUAAAGGCGUGGAGCGAGACAUGGAGAAGCAACGCAUCCGAAAAGAGCGGCAAGCGGAUUUUGAAAUUCAGAAGCGUCUCGAGCAGGAAUAUCUCAAGCUACAGACGGUGCACAGCACCACCGACGAACAGAAUCAACCGGGCAAAACCCAUAAUCCGGGGACAUGA